GGCCGCCAGCGUCAAACGUUCAAGAAACGCGGCCGCGUGCGGAUGUCGGGACGGAGCGAACAAAUUGAAUAAGAGCCAAGUGGAGGAACGAGAGCGUAUCAGAGAAUCUCAAAAAUUGUUUCGAAAAUCCAAAGCAGAAAAAUAAUAAAUACACUCAGAAUUGAGUUCGGAAACGUAUUUCGAGUUCGUAAUCGUAUUCGAUGUGUUGUGCAUGUGAAAAGUGAAAAUGAAAAUGAGCAUUGGGAAUGGUUUUCCUUGACGUUCGGCCACGGUGUUUGUUGUAAAGCGGAAAAUCAAAUCAAAGAAAAAGAAAUACGAAAAGAAAGGCAAUUGUGAGUGAGAAACGGCUGUAUACAAAUAUACAUAAUGUCGAAAAUAUAAAGCUAUUUUUGGAAUAUAUAUUGGACAACGCUGAAUUGGAAAUAUAUUUUCACCGUCUUCAUCUUCUACUUUAACAAUUGGCAGCCUGUUGAAUUCAGUUAACCAGUUACUUCCGACCCAGUUAACAAUGUCAGCCAAAACGUCACCAUCGAAUUCACGUGAUGCCAACGUUUCGGGUACUGCCAGCGUCGGAGCGCCAAAUGUUGCAAGCGGCGUUGUUCAGAUUAAAAAGGAGCUGCCCAGCGAUGAGAUAAAGGAAUUCGCACAGCACACAAUGAACGAGCUGCUUGGUUGGUAUGGCUUUGAUGGCGUUGAUGUUGAUCGUUUGGAUCUAACGGCCAAGACGUCGCGUUUGCUUCAAAGUGCCGCUGCUGCAGCGGUGGCAACACAACAACAGCAACAACAACAACAACUACAGCAACAUCAGCAACAACAACAGCGCAGUAAUCACUUACGCAGCAGUCGCAGCUCAUUGGCAGCGACCUAUCACAACAAUAACAACAACAACAACAACAAUAGCAACACUAACACCAACAACAACAAUAACAGCAAUGGCAACAACAAUCGCAGCAAGUCAGGCAAUUUGAAUUGUCACAGCAACACAACAACACCCUCGGAUCACGACACCCGCAGUUCACGGGAGGACGACUCCAAGAGUCCCCAUUCAAUUGGCAAACCCGCUGCAACCUCACUCAUGACGUCACAUGCCGAGGAGAAAAUAGACUAUAACAACUGUUGCUGGUGUCAUCGGCCGAUUGCUGAGAAUGCGCCGGAUUAUCUGACGAGCACGGACGGACCUCGCUACUGUUCGGAGUCGUGUUUCACGCAGAGUCGUCGGGCGUCGUUCAAGAAGGCCAAGACCUGCGACUGGUGCAAGCACGUGAGGCAUGCGGUGAGCUAUGUGGACUUUCAGGACGGGGCAUCCCAGUUGCAAUUCUGCUCGGAGAAGUGUCUCAACCAGUACAAGAUGCAGAUCUUCUGCAAUGAGACGCAGGCGCAUCUCGACAUGAAUCCCCAUCUGCGAGAUCAGGGCAUUGAUGAUGGCGCUGGACUCAUCACUCCCGAUCUUUGGCUAAGGAACUGUCGCAGUCGCUCUGCCUCGCCAGCUUCAACCAUUUCGGUGUCACCCGGACCAGGAGUGGGAGCGGUAGCGGGAGCGGGAGCAGGAUCAACCACUGUCACCUCAAAGCGCAGCUCACCUUGUCACACACCACCGAAUCAUCCCAACAAACCUCUGAUCUCAGUGGCGCCCGUAUCCAAGCUGCUGGCGCAGAAGACUCCAACCAACUCCUGUGUGGUGGUGGCGCCUCCGACGUCGUCGUCCUCGCAGCUGCAGCGUCAUCACACGCACUCCGUUUCCAAGCCAGGUCGUCGCAAGCGUCCGCAUCGGGCAGCUGCUCCAACUGGCUCCGAAACGGUUGCCAAUCUUCUCCAGAAACAACAGCAGCAACAACAACAACAGCAGCCGGCUACAUUGAGUGCGGACUUCGCCGGUUCCAGUGUACCGUUAGCGCCGUUGUCGCCAUUGCCGUUGCAGGAGCAACUGCAGCAACCACAGCAACAGCAGCAGCAACAACAACAACAGCAACAACAACAACAACAACAUCAUCCACAGCCGCCUCCAUUGGGACGUCCACCUACCAGCAUACCGGCCAGUUACUUUGCCACGCCCCCUAAUGGAGUGUUGGGUCAUCCGUUUGGUGCUCGUCCACCGCCACAGGCACCGCAUCCCUUCCUGCCGCCACCGCCCGGCAUGUUGCCUCGGGGAUUUGGCGCCCACUUCGGACCGCCGCCAAUGCAACCGCAGAUGCAGAUGCCACAGAUGCCAGAGCUGCAGGGUGCACUGGGUGCUCUGCUGGGAGCAGCGCCUCCAGUUACUGUGAUGGUGCCAUAUCCGAUUAUAAUACCGCUGCCCAUACCCAUCCCAGUGCCAUUGCCCAUUGUGGAUUUCUACAAGGCGCAUUUGACGCCGGAGCAGCGCAAGCGUUUCGAUGAGGAGCGUGGCAGGGGCACAGGGGAGGAUCAGCCACAGCCACUGGACUGCAGCAAGGCCAAGACAGAGCUGGACAUGGAGGUGGAGGCGGAACAGGGGCAGGAGGAGCAGCAGGAGCAACAGGAGCUGGAAGCAGUGCAGGAGAAUGUAGAAGAGCUGAGAUCCAAACCAAAGACAACGCCAGCGAGAACGACACCAUCGCCAUCCAUAUCCACAUCGCCCACGACAGACUCAACAGGCACACACCAUGAGACGACGCACUGCAUCAUUGUGCACAAAGUGGAGCAGGCGGAGGGAGAAUCUCCGGGCAAUGCAAAUGAUUCAGUGGAGCUGGAGGCACAUAAACUGCCCAAGAUAAAGAUAACACGACUGCAAACGAAACGGACGCUUAUACAAACCAAAGACACAAACACGCCCACGGCCACGCCCACAUCUCCAGCAGGCGGAGUGGGAGGCGAUAGCAGUGCAACGGCGGCAGAAUGUAGUAGACCGUUGCGAAAGCGUAAAAGGAUUAUUGAUUGUGAUUUUCAGAAGAUUGCGCUGCGGGAACUGGAAACAGCUGAUGAGACCCACAACAGCAACAACAAGGAAGCGGAAGCGGAAACAGAAGAGAAAGUGUGCAAUAUAAACAGCAACAACAGUGCUAAAGCAAAAAAGUAGUAGAGCAUAGUGUAAGCAUUAAAGUACUCUUAGUAGAAAUAGUAGUAACUCUUAUAAAAUAGUAGUAUAUGCAUGUGUGCGUGCUGACUUAUUAAAUAAUAUUAUAAAUAUAAUCAUUAAUCAUAUGUAAUUGAUAUAAAUAGAAGUAGCACAAAGUGCAGACAAAAUUUGAAUUGAAUUUAAUGAAUAAAUUAUUAUGUACAUACAACAAGAAGAUGAAAUGUGUAACAUUUUGAAUAAACUAAUCAAAUUGGCAAAGUAACCUCUAAAUUGGUAAUAAGCGGUUAACAGUGCUCGCAACAUUACCUUAACAGCACAAGCGUUGCCAGCUGCUCGCAAUGAUCACUGCUACAAACUAAAUAAAGCUGACUGCUAUGAC